AUGACUUCGGAAAAAACACCUUAUGCCGUGUCCCAAAAGGAAAGCUCUCCUUAUGGAGGAGCUCCAGCCAAACGCGAUAGUGGAGUGUUUUGGCAGGCAAUUGCCAACUCCGGCCCAAUAUCUAUUCUUUCAUACUGUCUGUCUUCCAUCCUUAUGACAACAACGAAUAAAUAUGUUGUCUCUGGCUAUCACUUUAACCUGAACUUUGUUUUGUUGGCCGUCCAGUCCAUUGUCUGCAUUUUGGUCAUUUCAACUCUUAAGUUCUUUGGGGUCAUUACUUACAGGAAGUUUAACAAAAACGAGGCCAAAAAAUGGUCUCCUAUUGCCUUUUUGUUGGUCCUUAUGAUUUACACCUCAUCAAAGGCUUUGAGAUAUUUGUCCAUUCCAGUCUACACUAUCUUCAAGAACUUAACCAUCAUCUUGAUCGCUUAUGGUGAGGUCAUCUGGUUUGGAGGUGAGGUUACUCCAAUGGCUUUAGGAUCGUUCUUUUUGAUGGUUUUUUCUUCUGUUGUUGCUUGCUUUGGUGACAAGAAUUCUGAAGGAGCUCUGAACUUGAAUAUCGGUUACGUUUGGAUGUUUACAAACUGUUUUGCAUCCGCUUCAUUUGUGUUAUUCAUGAGGAAGAGAAUCAAGUUGACCAACUUUAAGGAUUUUGAUACCAUGUACUAUAACAACAUAUUGUCGAUUCCUAUUCUUUUGGUCGCUUCGAUUCUUCUUGAGGACUGGUCUCCAGAGAACUUGAACAGAAACUUCCCUCCUGACAAUCGUCUUGCUGUUAUUUCUGCCAUGAUCUUCUCUGGUGCUUCUUCGGUUGGAAUUUCUUAUUGCUCUGGUUGGUGUAUUAGAGUUACAUCAUCUACUACUUAUUCUAUGGUUGGUGCUCUCAACAAGCUUCCUAUUGCAUUGUCUGGUUUGAUCUUUUUCGAUGCUCCUAUCAACUUCUUCUCUGUUUCAUCCAUUUUCAUUGGUUUUGCUGCAGGUGUUCUCUACGCCGUUGCCAAGCAAAAGCAAAAGGAGGAGCAGCACAGGAAAGAGCAGUUGCCUAAAUAA